AUGUUUGCGACCGGUAGAAAACCGCGGGUCGAGAUUCCGUACGAAAAUCGUCAAAAUUUGCCAAAUGGUUUGAGAGGUUGGUAUGUACAUAGACUUCUUGUAAAUGCUGUUGCAAUGUGGGCUUCACCUCGUUACGCUUGUUAUAUUUUCAUGAUGUUAGAUGAACUUCAUAGACAAGAACGUGAAGAGCUAGAGAACAAGCUUGAAGCAAAAGACAAAAACAUACAGAAAAGAAUACCACGUUCGGUACCAAAAGGAAAGGAAAAGAACUAUAAGUAUAUGAUUUACACUGAAGAGAUGGAAAAUGAAGAAGACAGAGAUAUGGUUAUGUUGCAUUUAGUCAGAAGAAACAACAAAAGCUUUUACGACCUUGCUAAGAUUUACAAAUCUGACAGAAAUUGGUUCUAUCGCGAAAACUUACCGAUUUCAAUGACACCAAAUGAAGAUGUUAAACAGAUAGUUCAAGAUACGUUACCUCAAACACACUAUGAUAUGAAAGGUUGUACAAUACUUACAUUCAAAGAAGAUUUACCGCUACUGAAGGAAAAGAUAACAGAGUAUUUUGACAACUUCAAAGAAGAAGAGUAA